AUGAAGGGCAGAAAUGAGAUCAGCAGUUUCAGCAUAAAGCAGUGUGACUGUAAGAGAAAUGUGUUUACACGUCGCGAUAAACAACAAAAUAAAGCCAUAAAACGUACGAAUGUGGACGGUCUUAAUCACAUUAAGAACUGUUCAUUACAUAACUUCCCGUCCACUUCUUUUUUUAGCGCUUCUCAACAUAACAGAUUCAAACCACAAAUGCAAGACAAUUUAGAAGAAUUGCUUGAAAAUCUUUUACAAGAAAUAAAAAAGAAACAUCAAUUUCCCAAAUGGAAUCUCACAGUUCAAUGCGAAUAUAAUGCUGUGAAUGAAAAUCCUGAAAUAUUUUUGGUGCUUCCUGUUUUAUGUUUCUAUCGAAAAGUUUCGAAAAAGUGGGUCAAGGCGCUUGUUUUACCACACAAUAGAGUCUUCUGA